AUGGAAGGAUUGGCUGAUUCCCUGAUUUCCGCCAUUUCUACCGUAUUCAGAAAUCUCCGCGGGGAUCCAGCUAUUCGAGUCGUGCUUGCUUCCCUGCUCACUCAUGAUUUCUUCUUUGUGGAAUCGCCUCCCCGCGGUUAUCACACCCUUGUACAAACCAUUUUCAAGAAUAUGGGAAACGGAGGUACCUCAUUGGGUUCCACGUUUGUUCCCCUGUUUUUGGAGAAAAUGGGGAAACACAUGCGCCACCUCGGUGAGUUUGUGGAAGAAUUCGAAUUGCUUCUCUUGAUGAAAGAACCGCGGGAAGAGCUGGCAAUCACAAAAACGCCUCCAAAUUUGCAGCCCCGCGCUCUUUCCCUCCAAUUUAUCGAAUCCCUGAUUACCGCGGGAACAGCUUCCUCUUUACUCAAUCGCCUAAUCCCGCGGUUAUUGGAAUAUGCAGAAAAACUGUCGAAUUCUGGCAGUCACGUGCAAAAUAGCGAGGAAAACGGGAGUCGCGUUCGUUGUUGGCAGGCUCUUUGUGUCUGUUCCCGCGGUUUAACCAAGGAGCUCGCUGCCUUGUGUUUCCCGCGGUUCUUGCGCUGCAUUCAGCAGCUGAAUUUGCGCGAUGUGCGUCAUUACGAGGAACUUUUUGGCAUGCAAUUGCUAAAAUCGGAGCGAUUUUCGGAAUCUUCGUACGACGCGCUUUUGUCGCUUCUUCGAAUUCCAUCGCAGUCGGGUCAAACGGUUCCCUCGCUUCUCCAAAUCGCCGUGUUUCCACUUUUCUCCGUUUCCACGGAUUCUCCAAGUAUCGGGGCUUUUUUGGAUGCAGCAUUCCCGUGGUCAAUGGCUCCCGAGGGAUUGACGCGCACCGUCUCUCAGGUUCUCUGUUUCCACGUUUUGGAGCGUUUCAAAAUGCCGCAGUAUGAUUGGCUGAAGCGGAUGUUGGCGGGAAAUCCUCGGAUUGCCGCCAUGCGAAGAAAGCAAGCCGCGCUCUGCGAAGAACGAAACGUCGAUCGCGAGUGUUCCACGGUUUCCCUGUUUUCCCUUCCUCUGAACAACCUGAACGACUUCAUUCCCGCGGUUCUGAUGGAUCAAGUGCGGGAAGAAAUGGAGAACUUGCUGGCGUCGUGGUACCGCGAAGAUUUCCCGCCAACCACCGCGGAAUCCCGCGAAACCACGCCGAAAUCCGGCACUUAUCCGGAGCUCCAGAAUUCGGAGCAAUUUUCGACCUUCCAGAAUUCGGAGCAAUUUUCGAACUUCCAGAAGAAGAUUCUGCCGUGGGAGGCGAGUUCGAAAUCGGAGGUGGAGCAUCGAAAGAAGCAGAAAAUCGUGGUGAUCGCGUCGCUGGUGGACAAACUGCCCAAUCUGGGCGGACUGACGCGAACCGGGGAGAUUUUCGCGGUGGAGAAGAUCGUCGUGAAUUCGCUGCGAUGCAAAAAGGAGCAGGUCUUCAAAUCGACGAGCGUAACCGCGGAAGAAUGGGUAGAAAUGGAGGAGUGUCCGGAGAGUGAGCUGCCUGCGUAUUUGAGAAGGCUGAAGGAAGAGGGCUACGCGUUGGUGGGAUUGGAGCAAACGGUGACGAGCAAAACCCUCGGAAAAGUGGAAUUCCCGGAAAAGAUGGCGUUGGUGCUGGGAAAGGAGAAGGAGGGAAUUCCGGCGAAAAUCAUCCAGAUGUUGGAUUUAUGCAUAGAAAUUCCGCAGUUUGGCAUUAUUAGGUCGCUGAAUGUGCAUGUGAGCGGAUCCAUAUUGAUUUGGGAAUAUAUAUCCUUGAAUAGUUUUUGCAUUGCAUUGCAUUGCUUCGUUUUUCUUAAUUUUGCAAACAAGACAGCACUUGGUCAACGAGAAAUCGAGCUAUGUUGUUUGUUGGAAACUUUUGGAAUUCCAGUUUUUGGUCCUUUCACUCUUGUUUUGAGAUUCAUCCAAAUUUAUUCGCUUACCAAUGUCAAAGCUUAUUCAAGCAGCGUAUUCAUACAUCGAUGCAGGAAAAUUCAAGAAAGCGUACAAAACGCUCUGCUCCCCAGAAUUAAAACGAUACACGAUUGCUCAAGUACGCCUAGGCUGUACUGCCUCUCACUUCUAGUCCUUGAAGGGUACGUGUUGUAUUUAUCUGGGUAA